AUGUCGCAUAUAUGUAUCUGUAACACGGGACCUCCUACCAUCGAGAAUGUUGUCCGAAGCCUCGAUAGACUCCAAAACAGCAUCGAGUCAGCCGACGGCCUCUCAGUAGCUGGCGGAAGAGAUCCGUCCUGCCUAUGCGACCCCUGUUUGUGCCCGACAACCACCGUGCCCUGUAACAACAAUGUCCCCGAGAGAGACUACAGCAACCAAGGCCUGCUAAAGAAGCUGUCCGGCCUCGUAAACAAGGCUCGGCAAGUAGAGGCCGCUCAUGAGGACUGCGUCUGUGGGGACCGGCCUCCCUACACUGAGCGAAUCAAUGCGCCGCCACUUACUGCGCCUGGUCCUCAGCGGACCAGCCCUGGACAGCAAGAGCCAACUCGCCCACCUGGGCCAACUCGCCCAACUCGCCCACCUAGGCCAACUCGCCCCCCUGGGCCAACUCGCCCCCCUGAGCCACCUCGCCUCCCUGAGCCCACCCCUUCACGACCUUAUGUUUCCCGGGGUUUAAACGAAUUACCCUUCCAAGAAUUAUUUCCAGCAGAGAUUCGCAAUAUGAUUUACGAGGCUUAUUUUCAACUCACGGAACCAAUCAGAACAAUCACGGCCACAAGAUUCCGCCAGGAGAGGGAAGAUGAGAACAACAUGAACCGGCUUCGGCGCAACUAUUUACCACGAAGUCGGCCUCGGCGGCGCAGAAUAGACCCUGCGAGGUUGCCGGAGGACGAAGUUCCUUUCUCAGUUAGCGACACACCUGCUUGGAUGAGGGAGAUGGCGACCUUUACCUACGAGUCAGCAGCCACUGACGAACAGCUCCAGUCAUUGGGGAAUGACAGAUAUAGCUUGCUCCUAGCGAGCCGAGAGAUGUAUUCUGAGGCAGCUCCGAUAUUCUUUUCUCAAAUGUUUUCUUUCACUGUGAUGAGAGACGAAAACAUAAUAGAAGAAGAUAUUGGAGUCAUUCAUAGCAUCUUGGCAGCAGAGGCCUUUUUCAGGCAUAGGCGAUUCAGCCGGCCCUUCAUCCAGGCACUCCAAUUUGACAUGUGGCAGACCGAGGACCCAGAGAACCCGCAAAGUGACAACUUCGAAGCAAUGGAAUCGACAAGAAGCAAUUCUGCAGACCGAACGAUAGGUUGGACCGAUGGCGUCAACCGCUUAGGUCAUCUGGCGAGAACACUGAAUGACUUGCCAAGGUUGCAACAUUUGCGCCUCAACUUCCGGAACCAGGCACCGUCCUGGCACUUUGACGGGGUAUUUGACCCAACAAUGCAAGAUCAGUUCACGCAGUACGCUUCUUAUGCACCCUGGGUCGAGAACAUGGUUCGGAUAAACCCGCGAGAUCGCCUUACCAUACAUAUGACAUUCAUAUACACAGCACGAGAUGACGAUGAGCAAAAUCGUCGAAUCAACGACGCCCUGUAUUUUGUCAGGAUACUUCGUAACUGGUUACUCACCAACGCAGACGCACUCGGAAUUGGGUACCAGGGGAUCCGCUUGAGACAGUGGGACCUCCCACCGAUUAACAAUAAUUCUCAAAGAUAUGGUACGAAAAUCGAAUCCGAUGAUGAGUGGGUCGGAGGAGAUCGGGCGAGACACGUUUCCCACCUUCAGCGGCCAGAACAGCUCCAGUAUCCAGAUCCAGCUGUGACACGUGCACCUGAACUCGCUUUCAUGGCUCAAGACAGGCCCCCAAGGGCAGUGCUGCCCCCUCCACAACCUCCCCGGCCACGGCGACAGGCUCAACGGCCACAGACGAGGAGUACACUUGAUGAAAGCGACGACGAAUACGCUUGA